CUCCGCCCCACCUCCUUGCACAAAUUCCAUCAUGUUUACUUCCCGCACCAUUAUGUUUGCGCUGCUCAGCUUCCUCGCUAGCGCCAAUGCGUGUAUACAGUGCCCAGCCACAAUUAAUGUUGGCGAUGAUACCAUGAAACUAUCCAGUAGCGGCGCAGUAGGCGUAUCUGACACAGAUUGCGUGUACAGUGACAAGAGUCACAACCAAGCGCACUGUCGGUAUACCGUAAGUACUUUCUGGAUAUUGUGCAGCCUAUUGUUCUCGGUUGACAUGGUACAGGCGAACGGUGUUUUUGAUGCAGGGUGGCGGCAUUGUCCGCUUAUAGCGGAUGUGAAGAAGAAAUGCCACACCAUUUAAUAAGGGUAUUAGAUGAGGCACCCAACAGGAGGAGUGAUGUUCGUCUAGACAGUUGGGUGUAUCCAAGUACUUAGACUCCAUCUGUUAUGAGAAUUUCCACCCUUGGCAGCACUUUGAAGAUGUUCC